CUCCCAUAUCCCACCACCGCGAAUUUCUAGAGCUCUGCAAGAAAGGUGACUGAAAGCAGCGACUCCCUUUUGGACUUAUCAGGACGCCCCUAACUUUUGGUGUCGAAAACUUACGUUAAGAUUGCCCUGCGAAAGCCUACGCAUCUCUGCAAUGCGUUAAACAAGGCAAAUGUGUCAUUCUUGAUGCUGCUCAUGCCAUGCCAUCCCUCUCCUGUCGUGACCCCCUUUCACCCCAGGCGGCUUGGAACUGCUGUGCUAAACUGCUUCGCGUUCGUUUUGUGGCGUUGAGUACCCUCGAUUUCGCCGAAUGAAAACUAGACUUUCUCUUCUCGUUCUACAGGGCCUUCCAUGCGAUUCAGUCAAGUUCGAUUCCCAAAUCGAAGCUGGCCGGAGACUGCAUUUUUACCCUCGGCCACUACUGAUCCCGAUGCGUUGCUCUGUUCUGCCCCGCAGAAGCCCCGCUCGCCUCAAACGUCAUAUGGGGUGACCUCGGUGACCGGCUGCAUCUACCCACCACCAAAAUGUUCCUCAAACACGUUGCCGCGGCUGUCCUGCUGAGCGCUUUCGCCUCUGCCCGCCCUGAAUUGAGCUCCUCCGUUUCUCCAUCGAACCUGAAGGGAAUCCAAGCCGAGCCCAUGACGAUCUUCAACUCAGCGGCAAACUCGACCUUGUUCAUGUUCCCGAACCCGGACGCUUCCGGUCCAGCGGGUGUGCCCAUCAAGACCGAUGGGCCGGAGCAGGGAGAUUACUCUCGGUGGGAUAGAUACUACCUAUCCAAGGACCACUACUGGUUCAAGAACAUCGGGACCGGGUACUGGCUGAUGGUCGACCAAAACGAUACGCUUGUCGCGGUGCCCGACGAGACUCCCACUACCUUCGUUGCCCGCUCCGUCGGAGGGCAGAAAUACGUGAUCAGUCCGCGGGACAAAGAUACGGCCUGGCAGCCUACUUACGGCGCGAGCAUGAUCUAUGGAUAUGUACUUAUUUCAUUCGCUCGACCAUCUUCCGAUCCGGCCACUCAUGUAACACUUACGCAGCUUGGUCUCCGGCCUCGCGAUGAAAAAGCGGAUCAACACUGGACUUUCCGGCAUUCCAGUGGUGCUGCCGCUGCCCCCGAAAGCUUGGACUGA